CUCCUGAUCGCGUCAGGGUUAUAUCCACUUGGUUAAAGUUGGUUAAGGUACGUUAUUUUCGUAAGCGUAGAUUUUCGAAUUGAAGUAACUAAAAAUGAGUAAAGCGCAUCCUCCAGAACUCAAAAAGUAUAUGGACAAACGUCUUUCACUAAAAUUAAACGGUGGAAGGCACGUAAUUGGUAUUUUACGUGGUUUUGAUCCAUUUAUGAAUAUGGUAAUCGAUGAGAGCGUGGAAGAAUGUAAAGAUGGUACAAAAAAUAAUAUUGGUAUGGUGGUGAUUCGAGGAAAUAGCGUUAUUAUGUUAGAGGCAUUAGAUAGAAUAUGAGUUAAUAAAUAUGUAAAUGUAUAUUUAGGUGAUGCAAAGUUCCAAAUAAGAUCAACUAUGGUUUAUUAAAUACACGUCUGUCCAACAUGUCCCACAAA